AUGGCGAGUCUUUUCUGCACCCUGGUGUUCGCUCUUGAUGCUUUGUUCGCAUCACCUGGUUGCGAAGCCACGAUUGUGUACACCUAUGGCAUUUUCCUUGGCAAGGUUCCUUCAACUUGCAGAGUGCGUGAGCUCAAGGAUGCUCUCCAGAACCGAAAUGUUCAGCCAAUGGACAUCACAUGGCGAGGCAGAAGCGGAUUUGCCUUUCUGCGUUUCACUGGCCCUGUUGAAGAGUGUGAUGACAUUCUUACAAAACUGGAAGGCCUCACCCUCCAAGAGCAGCCUGUUCUGGUGGAGAAGGCAAAGGACAAGGGUGAUGAGCAGCACCUCUCUGAGCCGCAGCAGCAGGAGCACCAGGAGUUGGAGGAAAAGCAGGAGGUACCAAAUGUAGCAGUUGUAGAGGGAGAAGCUAGGUGAAGCCCCUGUGUUUCUUAAAGAAUGGGGUAGGGCAUUAACGUUCUUAUUUUCUCUUGCUCAUUUGUUU